AUGAGGCUGUCCUGGGGGCUCCUCCUGCUUGUGGCAGCCCUGAGGCUGGGGGGAAUGGCUGCCCCCCGCUGCCCCCUGCCCUGCAUCUGUGACAACCUCCGUGCCCAUGUCCUCUGCCUCAACGGGAACCUGACGGCUGUCCCCGACACCAUCCCGCAGCUCACCAAAAAACUGGAUCUUCGGGGCAACAGCUUCACGGUCAUCCCGGUGGCAGCCUUCCUGGCCACCCCAUACCUCACACACUUGGACCUGCAGCGCUGCAAGGUGGAGAGGCUGGAGGAAGGGGCUUUCCGGGGGCUGGGGAGGCUGGUCUACCUCAACCUGGCCUCCAAUGGCAUAGCCCUCCUCUACCAGGAGUCCCUGGAUGGGCUGUCCUCCCUCCAGCAGCUCAUACUAGAGGGGAACCGCAUUGAAGAGAUCCAGCCAGGUGCUUUUGGCCAUCUGGGGUCACUCACUGUCCUUGACCUGAGGGCAAAUGCCUUGGUCUACCUUCCGGACAUGGUCUUCCAGGGUCUGCAGGUCCUCAGGUGGCUCCGGCUGUCCCACAACGCUCUCCACGUACUGGGCAGUGAGGCCUUUGCAGCUCUGCCCGCCCUGCGCAGGCUGAGCCUGGACCACAAUGAGCUGCAGGCGCUGCCUGGGGAUGCCUUGGCCAGGCUGGAUGGGGCUACCCGGCUGGACCUGGGCCACAAUCCCAUCACCUAUGUGGCCGAGGAGGCCCUGGCCAUGGCCUCCCUGAAGCACCUCUUCCUGGACCAUGCCGCCCUCCAGGAUGUGGCGCCCGACGCCUUUGCCCGCAGCCCACAGCUGCGCACGCUGGACCUCCGUGAAAACCAGCUGCAGGGGCUGCCGCCUCUGGCCGGGGCUGGAGGGCUGGCAAGGGUCAGCCUGGCUGGGAACCCCCUGCUCUGCUCCUGCCUCCUGCGCCCCUUCCAUAACUGGCUGGCACAGGCGCGGGUGCAGGCAGAGGGGUCCUGCACUGCACCCCCUGCCCUCCGGGGCCGGCCCCUUGACUCCCUGAGACCCCCCGAAAUGAGAUGUGGCCGCUUCCAGCCACCCCCCAGCCCUGCUGUGCCGUCAGAGCAGCCAAGGGCAGCUGGCAGCAGGCAGUGCCCCCGGGGGUGCACCUGCUCCCCUGAUUUCCAUCAUGGGUCCUGUGAGAACAGGGACCUGCAGGACAUCCCCCAGGGCUUCCCCGGUGACACGCGCCUCCUCGACUUGCGCCGAAACGCCUUCAGAACGGUGCCACCAGGCGCAUUCCCCGGUCUGAAGGAGCUGGUGUCCCUCCAUCUGCAGAGCUGUGGCAUUGGGGUGCUGCACCCCGGGGCGCUGCGGGGGCUGAAGAGCCUGGUCUACCUCUACCUCACCGACAACCGCCUCUCUACUUUGGCAGCUGCUGCCUUUGAGGGGGCCCCGCAGUUGGCCUAUCUCGACCUGGACCGUAAUGCCUUCACCCACUUACCCUCGGGCACCUUCCAGCUCCUGCCCAACCUCAUCUCCCUCCACCUGCAGCACAAUGCCAUCAAGGAGCUGGUGGAGGGCGACCUGGCCAGAGCCAGGGGGCUGCGCUGGCUCUACCUCACUGGGAACGCCAUCAGGCACAUUGCCCCCGCCACCUUAGCUCCUGCCAAGAUGCUGGAGAAGCUGCACUUGGAUGGAAACCGCCUGGUGGAGGUGCCCACAUCAGCCCUGUGGGGUCUGCCUGCCCUGAGCGAGCUGAAGCUGUCCCGAAACCCCAUCAAGCGUGUGGGGGAUGGUGCCUUCCUGCCGGUGGCCUCCAGCCUGCAGCAUCUCUACCUGGACAACAUGGGCCUGGAGCAGAUUUCCCCUGGUGCCUUCGCUGGCCUUGGUCCCAAGAUCAGAAGCCUCUACCUGGAGAGCAACAAAAUGAGCAACAUCCCUGACAUGAGCAACUUCACAGGGCUGGAGAUCCUCAACCUGAGGGAUGUGCCUUUCCACUGCGACUGCCAGCUCCUUCCCCUGCACAGGUGGAUCAACAAACUCAACCUCCGUGUCGGGGCCACUUGCAGGUCCCCUGCAGAAGCCCGGGGGCUGAAGGUGAAGCUUUCCAUGACUUUCCAAACCUGCCCUGGCUGGGGACGAGGCAAGGCUGGGGGAGCCAUUCCCGACAAGACCAAGGCUGCAAACAAGCCCAGCAAGAAAAAGAGAUCAGGAAAAUCACCAGCCAGAGGCUUCAAGAAGAGCAGAGCUUAG